CUCUUUUGCUACCUUACUUCCAUUUUCUUCUUCUUCCUCUCCUAAUCUUUCUGAAUACAAGCUGUGUGUGUGGAGAGAUUUCACAAAGACAGCAAACAGCCCUUCUUUUUGUUCUGUCUUAAAAGUUCCUUCUUCAACCAGCUCUUUUCCUCAUCAGGUAAGUUUGCAAAUAAAGGGGUUCCAGAAUCAAGAAGAGAAGAUGUCAGACUCACCUCAGAGGAAGAUGGGAAGAGGAAAGAUUGAGAUUAAGAGGAUCGAAAAUACAACAAAUCGUCAAGUCACUUUCUGUAAGAGGAGAAAUGGGUUGCUCAAAAAAGCUUAUGAACUUUCUGUUCUAUGUGAUGCUGAAGUUGCUCUCAUAGUUUUCUCAAGCCGUGGCCGCCUCUAUGAGUAUGCUAACAACAGUGUGAAGGCAACAAUUGAUAGAUACAAGAAGGCAUCCUCAGAUACCUCCAACACUGGAUCUACUUCUGAAGCUAACACUCAGUUUUACCAACAAGAAGCUGCCAAACUCCGACUUCAGAUUGGUAGCUUACAGACCUCAAACAGGAACAUGCUGGGCGAGUCUCUAAGUUCUUUGAGUGUAAAAGAUCUGAAAAACCUGGAGGGCAAACUUGAGAAAGGGAUUAGCAGAAUUAGGUCCAAAAAGAAUGAACUUCUCUUUGCAGAAAUUGAGUAUAUGCGGAAAAGGGAAAUUGAUUUGCACAACAACAAUCAGCUGCUUCGAGCAAAGAUAGCUGAGAGUGAAAGAAAUGUGAACAUGAUGGGAGGAGAAUUUGAGCUGAUGCAAUCCCAUCCGUACGAUCCAAGAGACUUCUUCCAAGUGAACGGCUUACAACAUAAUCAUCAAUAUCCACGCCAAGACAACAUGGCUCUUCAAUUAGUAUAAGUUAAUAAUAAAAUGAUUUGAAGCACUCUGAUUGGUGGAUUGGAUUAUAAGGAGUGCAGGCCAUUUGCCAAUUUCAAGGUACUCAAAAAGGAAGUUGGUUGAAGAUCAUCUCUCAUCUAUAUGCCUUAACAAAAGUCUUAGCUUCUGGACUUUAAAAAAAGACUUAUUCUAAUAUAUAAAUAUAAUGUGUAAUGUUGUUGUAUGGUAUGCAUCAAAAAACAUUAAUAACCUAUCUUUGUCUUAAAUUUAUGUCUCUUUGAUACGAACCGCUAA